AUGGCUAGUGCCCUCCGCCAGAGAGCCGCCGCUGUCAAGGCAGACUUGGCCGCCAAGCGCAAGCCUUCGGGCUGGGUUCUCCCCCGUGAGACGGCCUCGUUUGCCGAAGAGGGGACUUGGCGUGAGGCCAUCCUGUCUAUCAUCAUCGGCAGCCUUGUGUGCACCGUUCCCCUCGUGCUCAACGGCUUCAUCGGCGCCCGACUCCAUGUUCCAUAUCCUAUCGCGGCGAGGGCGUCUUUUGGAUGGUACUUUGCACGAUUCGCCGUUGUCACACGAGCCGUCACAGCCCUGUUCUGGCACGCCAUCCAGACUUACACAGGCUCAACUGCCAUGACGCAGAUGAUACGCGCCAUUUGGCCCUCAUACCUAGAUAUUCCCAACCACAUCCCAGAGUCGGUCGGCAUCACCACUCAGCAGAUGGUCAGCCAUUUGAUCUUCUGGAUCGUGCAGUUUCCUAUUCUGCUUAUACCGCCUCACAAGCUCAAGUGGUUCUUCGUCACCAAAGUCGUUCUUGUCCUCAGCACUUCUACCGCAGCCGUCAUCUACAUGACCUCUCGAGCGGGGGGCACUGGUGAUAUCUGGGACCAACCCUACCAGGUCCAUGGCUCGGCUCGCCGCUGGCUCAUCCUCUCUAGCAUAUCCAGCAUCACCGGUGGUUGGUACGUCAGCUACGUGCCCCUUCAAAUAUCCCUCGCUGACAUCAGUAGGGCUACUAUCGCAGUGAACAUCAGCGACUUUACGCGCUACCUCAAGAAACCCGGAGGCGUGUACUAUCAGAUCGCCUUCCUGCCGCUCAUCCAGCUCCUCGUCGGCAUCUUUGGUAUAAUCUGCUGCUCAGCCUCCCGUGUGGUCUACGGCGAGUACAUCUGGGACCCUCUUGACCUGGCCUCGCGGUGGGAUGGCGCGGGUGGCCGUUGCUUCGCCUUUUUCUUCGGCCUCGGCUGGUGCAUUGCCCAGAUCGGCACAAACCUGUCGGCAAACGUCAUCUCCUGCGCCAACGACCUCACGAGUCUCUGCCCCAAGUACAUCAACAUCCGCCGCGGCGUCGUCAUCACGACCAUCACAGCAGCCUGGAUCAUGCAGCCGUGGCAGAUCAUCCACUCGGCCGCGUCGCUGCUUUCCUUCAUGAGCGGCCUCGGCAUCUUCCUCGCGCCCAUUGCCGCGCUGCUCGGUGCCGACUACUGGCUCGUCCACCGCCAGCGCCUCGAUGUCCCGGGCCUGUAUCGAGCUCACGGGCGCUACCGGUACAACAAGGUCGGGACAAACUGGAGGGCUGUCAUUGCGUUCCUCGUCAGCGCCGUGCCGAACAUUCCUGGACUAGCAGCGCAAGUUGAGCCAUCGCUGAAGAAGAGCAUCGGGGGCGCCGACAAGAUUUAUUACAUGUUUUAUUUCUGGGGAUUCACGAGUGCUUUUGUCGUGUACGUUGCGCUGUCGCUCGUCUUUCCGGCGAGGGAGACUAUGAUUCCUGAAACGAUCUAUGAUGAUGGGGAAGUCCUCGAGGGGACGUACGGACCAAAUGAGAGGUCUGGCGACACGGAUAGUGCACAUGAGAAGAGUCACGUUGACGUGGGGCGGAAGGCGUAG